AGUGUCCACAAGUCACGGGGUACUUAAGUGAUUGGACCCAAGUCAUUUCUCCUCAAUUCGCAACACUUUCUAACUGCAUCAUGCCCGCGACACGCUCAUCCAGCCAGCCGCGCUCUCGUAAAGAAAGAAACACAUCACCUACACGAAAUCUACCCAGCCGCUCGAAACCGAAAUCAAACGUGCCUACCGUCCCCGAAGUCAUCGUUCUGUCUUCGGAUGACGAGGAUACCCGACCGGGAAAAAAUGGUUCAUCCUCAAGAUUCAAAAGGAAGAAGCCGUGUCCGAAGAGUGAGAUCCUGGAGUUAUUUUCGUCGACCGAUGAAGGCUCGAUACAUGUCAAAGCUUCGGAAAAUGAUGGCUCAUCUUGGCAGAAGGAGAAUUCGAAAUUGAAGCAGAUGAACGAGCACCUACAGAAGCAGGUCGCUGACCAGCGCAUACAACUUAACAAUUCGAUGAAGCAUCUCGAGGAGCAAAGUCAAGAGCUUGCCGCACAAUCUCGAGAAAUUAUUGCCGGCCAUCAGGAGAUCCAAUUGCAACAGGAGAAACUUGCCGCUUUGCAAGCGAAAGGCACAUCGGGAUUGAUUGAUGCUACAAAGUUGGGCGACAGCCUCUCUUGUGAUAUAUGCGCGCAUUUGAUGUACUCUCCUUACCUUCUCACUGACUGUGGACACUGUUACUGCGAGGGGUGCCUCAAAGGCUGGUUCAACGAAACACUCGCUAAACAUAUUCGCGCACAUCCCGCAUACAACAUUAACCGGAAACCCUUGCCUCGGGAUUUUCCUCAAGUUCUUCACAACAUUGAUCCAUACAUCUCGUAUCCGCUUCAGAUGCAACUGCGCGCAUUGUAUAAUGCUUCCCGACAACAGCAACCGGAGUAUACCUGUCCGGGAUGUCGGAAGGAGGUCGCGGGAAAACCAGUUGUAAAUUUUGCAAUCAAGGACAUGGUCUCCAUCGUCGGGACCGUCCUUGGGCAACCCGACACUCCCCGGGAGUUUUCUAAUAUUCGUGGGCAGCAGGCGGGUCCAUUUGAUGCCUUUUUCCCUCGAUAAUAAGUUUCAGUGUACUGCAUACAAAUACUUCAUCCUUCUACGUUAUUUGUAAUUCUAUCAUACAUAUGUAUACCAUAAACUACUAUGGUACAGCACCUGCACUGUAGGCAUUAUUAUACCAGACACAAUGUAAACAAGACAACACGCUGAUUAACAUUUGAUCAAGACCGGUCAAGGAAGUAUACAGCUACUUUUUCUUUGGUUUUGGCUUCACUUUGAGUUUCUUCGCUAUAGGCCCCUCAAUUAUUUCGACCUCGUCAUCAUCAUCCACAGAACCCGAAGCCUUUCGUUUGCGCUCUGCCGCUGGACCAGAACCGAUACCACUCUCUCCGGUACCUUCCCUCGUAGAAAACGGCGGACCGAUUGCCCGAGAGCGAUGCCGGACUACGACGGACCGAGCUGACCGAUCCCCGAGA